UUUGGCAUCCCUUUUGGCAUCCCUUCUGGCAUCAGUAAGCACACGCCGUCAGCAUUACGUCAUGAAGUACACGCCGCUCUCAGUUCUCAAGUCGCUCGCCCUCUUCGUCGCGGCGGGCCUCCUCGAGAUCGGCGGCGGCUGGUUCGUGUGGCAGUGGCGGAUCAACGGCUGGCAUUGGGCGUGGUGCCUCCUCGGUGCCGCGAUCCUUUUCGGCUACGGACUCGUCGCCACGUUCCAGGAUGCUUCCUUCGCGCGCACGUACGCAGCGUACGGCGGGAUCUUCAUCCUGCUCGCGCUGCUGUGGGGCUGGGCCGUCGAUCGGACGGCUCCCGAUGUGUGGGACCUAGUGGGCGCGGCGGUGGCGGUGGGCGGGGCGUGCAUUAUCAUGUUCGUUCCUCGGCCUGCUGAUGGCGCAUAGGAACUCUAGGCGCCAUUAAAGCCCAAGUGGAUGGGAGGGGGCUGGGUUGGGCGGGGCGUGCAUCACCAUGGUCUUCCCUCGGCCUGCCGAUGGCGCAUAGGAGCUCUCUCGGGAGGGGAGGGGAGGAGGGGCGUUACCAUGGUCGUCCCUCGGCACGCUGAACCUGCAUGGGAACCUCGGAAGCCAAGGCGCGGGUGACGGGGUUCGUGACGAUGUGGCUGGUGUUCGUUUCUCAGGGAUGGUGCUGAUUAGGGCAGGCCUAGCGAAGAGCUCGUUAUCGUGUUCGUUCCCUGGGCUGGCGAAUCAGACAAGUGACUGCAGAUGAGGCGCGGGGCUUUGAGUUCCGCUUGCGCAAGGAAGGGAAGGGGCUUCUCCUGGGCUCAGAGAGUGGGUGGUAAUGUCAACGGAACCGAGUGGCGCAGCGCAGGACAUGGCGCCGAGUGGCCGUUAAGGGUUUAGGCUGGUUGUGUGCAUAGAGUGUUAGACUGGAGAGCCGGUGCACUUACGUCGAUUUAGGGCGUCGCAGAGCAGAGUGGCUGGCUGCUGAUAGAUAAUGCACGACUCACUCACGACUCACGGCCAUCACCGCCCCUUCUGCCGAGGGUUUAGGUUUCGCAGCGACGGAGCGACGAAGCGAUUCCCAGGGCUGAGGAUGACGCAGAAGUGACCUUUGAGGCGGCUCCAAACUCAUUGCGUGGGCGCCGGUGUCCUCUGGUGGACUUGGAGUGGAGAAGGGCAAGGAAUGGCGGUUAGGGCAAUGCAAAUCCAUGGAGACAGCAAUGCGCAUGAGGAGAGAGUUGAGGAGUGCAGAUCGGUGGGGCAUGGAGAGAAAGCAGUGUGGCGCACACGAAGCAUGCCGAUUUGAAAGGCGCAUUGGCGGGACUGGCUGGCAGCGGGAUGAUUCGCUGCAACUUGCGCACUCCAGUGACGGGCAGCUCGUCAUUGCGGUGCCAAUGGCGUGCCAACGCGAGGCACCUCCGAUUUGUCGCUCGUUUGACACCAACGGGGAUGGCUGCCCCUCACCCUCUGAGACCUCGUCACCACGGCAGCCUUCCACGCUUGUGGCAACGGUACCCGCAUGCUGGUGCUGUGCUCAAGCCAAGAGACCGGAUGCAGCAGCUCAUUCUGGUGUGAUGGAGGCGCGUUCAGGGCGCGCCACGCACCGUCAUUAGGUGCACAGCCGAGGAGGGGAUGGCGGUGGGCGCUGUAUUGGCCUCGCGUUGAUUGGCCGACUACGGCUCUUCUCAGGGUUGCUCUCAUUUCCCACCGGAAUCUGGAUCCUCUUCCUUCGCCCGGCGAAGAACCUCUGUUGUUACGGCUCCUAGGCGAUUGUUGCCGGAUGCACCGACGGUGUCGGUAAGGGUUUCGCGAGGGAGCUCGCGAAACGGAAGAUCAACGCAAUUCUCGUCUCGUCAGCAGGACCGCUCUGCUCCGUCUGUGCUGGAACCAAGGCUUCUCUCGCAGCAUCAACAUGGAGGAUGCAUCCAAGCCAAGGGGAUGGAUGUGCAGGUUCAGGCCCCUCUCUUCGUCGCAACCUAAUGCCAUAGAUCCGUCACAUCUCCCACACCUGCCCCUUGUCUGAAAUGUGUAAGGCAGGCAUGGGGCCAACUGGAUGGGUGCCAACUGGGUGUGGCAGGGGGUGCGGUGCACGCCGUACUGGGUGCACGGGGUCAUGUGGGGCAUCAUCUACCGCUUCAUUGCUUAGCGUCAUGUGGGGAAUCAUCUACCGCUUCCCAGAAAACCUUUUCAACACCAUUCGGUUGGGCCAGAAUGUGGACAUUCGCACGAGCGCCCUGGCCGAAAUUGUCCGCCAACAGAAGCAGCAGUAGGAUGGAGCUGUUGGUGUUUAUGUCACAUGCCUUGUUGACAUAGAUAAGGGUAUGCCCUGAAUGGAAACAUUAUGUUCUGAGGGUUUUAGCAAGCAGAUUUACUUUUAUGACCAAGCAAUGGAGGAAGCAGAGCAGCCGCAUUACUCAGCUCUGCAUUUUAUUGUUGUACUUCCUAU